AUGGCCUCAGACGCAGCUAAUGUCAAGGUCUAUACUGUAAAUGGAGCGACAGCAGGUUCUUCUUCGUCUCUGCCGGACUGGCUUACCCGAAAGCGUGCCGCAAAGAAAGGGAAGAGGGCAUUGAGAGAGCACAUUGAAGGGACAAUCGAGCUCAUCCAAGGAUUCGAGUUUCCAGAGGCCAGCAACAGAAUUAAAACGACCCGCGAUGGCCAUCAUGUCAUCGCCACUGGCACAUACAAGCCACAAAUGCGUGUCUGGGAUCUCGACCAACUUACCCUGAAAUUUGAACGACAUUCAGACGCAGAGAAUGUUGAUUUUGUUACGCUGUCUGACGACUGGACAAAAUCAAUACACCUACAAAAUGACAGGACGGUGGAGUUACAUACACAAGGUGGGAUGCAUUACCGAACGAGGAUACCCCGUUUUGGUCGUUCGUUGGCCUACCAUUUCUCUUCAUGCGACACAUAUAUCACUGCGUCAGGAAACGAAGUCUACAGGCUAAAUCUCGACCAAGGUCGAUACAUGACGCCUUUGGUACUAGAAGAAGAGGAAGACGAAGAUAUACUGGGUAUCAACGUUGUUGACAUCAACCCUGCACAUAACCUUCUUGCAUUUGGUGUCGAUGGGAAUGGGACCACACAAUUCUGGGACCCAAGGUCAAGAACCCGUGUUGGUACUUUGCGACUGCCCAGAGAACGAUUACAAUCAGUUGGAACGACUCAGGAUGCUCUCAGUGUAACGGCGAUCGCUUCCCGCAUCGAUGGACUGUCGUAUGCUAUUGGUACAUCAACAGGACAUACUUUACUAUACGAUAUCCGUGCCGCCAAACCAUUUGCCUUGAAAGACCAAGGUUAUGGUCUACCCGUCAAAAAUGUUUCAUGGAUUGAAGGUGGCAGCCGAAUGGCCGGUGACGGAAUGGUGCUCAGUGCUGACAAAAAGGUUAUUAAAAUUUGGGAUCGCAACACACCUGCUACAAAUUUUGUUUCUGUUACACCUGCUGCCGACCUCAACGAUGUACAUCAUGUUCCUGGAAGUGGGCUUAUCAUGACGGCCAACGAAGGAAUUCAGAUGGCCACUUAUUACAUUCCCCAACUUGGCCCUGCUCCAAAAUGGGCAAGUUUCCUCGAAAACAUCACGGAAGAGAUGGAAGACCAGACUACACGGUCGGUCUACGAAGAUUACAAGUUCGUUGAAAGGAGCGAGCUCAAAAAUCUUGGAUUGGAUCAUCUUGUGGGAACACCCGCUCUCAAACCCUACAUGCAUGGCUAUUUCUUGUCACUCAAACUUUACGAAACCGCUCGUCUUAUUGCAAAUCCCUUUGCUUACGACGAACAUCGUGAAAGGCUGGUCCGCGAGAAGAUGGAGAAAAUGGCAGAGACUCGCAUUCGUACCAAGAAGGACCCUGGUGUCAAGGUUAACAAAGCACUGGCUGAGAAGGUUCUCAGAGACCAAGAAAAGGCCAAGCUUAGAGCUGAACGCAAAAGUAAACGCAAGGCGGGAGCCGAUGCGAUGGAUGUCGACGAAGCGGGUGAAGAGCAGGAAGAAUCUAGACCCUCCAUCCUGUCAGACCCUCGUUUCGCGAGCGUUUUCCAAGAUCCUGCGUUUGCCAUUGAUGAGAACUCGCGCGAGUAUGCUCUUCUCAAUCCAUCUUCUGUUGGCCGUGGAAAGACCGCAGUCGAAGAUGAAGAAGACGAAAGCGAUAAAUUCUCUGAUGACGAUGACCUUGAAGGGAGUGACGAGGAAAGUGACGACGGUGCCUCGAGUGAUAGUAGUGCUGAAGGCGAACUUACCAAGUUCGACCCUCGUUCACGCCCAGGACAGAGAAAUGUACGCGCGGAAGAAGCCUAUCAGAGAGAACGAGACAGUAAUCGGGCAGUCUGGGCGCAAAAGAAGCAACUUAAAAAGGUCAACAUGGUACCUAUGGUGCCGCAGACCGGCGGACAGUCCCAAAAGCUGGGAGAUAAAGAUGCAACAUUUGGGCAGCGCCGAGCACCACUACCUUCGAAAAAGACCGGACCAAGCAAGCCUCGCAUGGAUGCCGACGCUCCUAUGGAGAUAAGCUGGGUUCCUUCAUCAUCAUCUGGUGGGAGAAAUGGUGGAGAUGGGGAGGGAGGGAAAAGUUCAAACAAGGACAAAGUCCGACGAAAGGGCGUCGAGACAUUUGGUGCUGGUUUGGAACGUGGUGUCGAGGAGAAGGUUGAUAUGGGCGACUCGGAGAGACACGGUAGGACACAGAGGAGAAAAGGGGUUCGCAGCGGGAGCAAAAACGCUUUCCGUGGUAUCUGA